CGGUGAUGGUUUUGAGAUUCGGGCGCCGAGGAGACUGCUCUCCUCGGGUGGAUUUGCUUGCCGUCGCCCGCGUUGGUGGGCGGCACAAAAAAGAAGAAGAUUCGAUGGAGCACGACAUCAACCCACCCCCGACGCGCCCAAUCGACGCGCGCGGCCGGGGCAGCGCUGUUCAUGCUGCCAUGGCAGCAAAAUGGCAAAAUGUUCUCUCUGCGGACGUGUCCACGCGAUCAGACCAGGAAACAGAGUUACAGACACGGACACAGACGCAGACAUAACGCACCCAAUCUCGGAUGCCUCACAUGCCGAGCCCCUGAAGGCCGCGCGCUGAGGAGGCCUGGCGUCCCUGGCCGUGCGAGCAACGUGCUCUGGGCCAUUUUUUCUCAAACGCUACAAUAAGUACAACUGUGUGGGUCAUGCGCACCUGAAACAAGAAAUCGCCAGCUUCCCAACUGAUGGGAAGGGGACCCCUCGAUGCUACAGCUUCGCACCGAGGCCGGCACAACCAAGGCAAGUCGGCGAGAACGUGGGGAGGAGGAAAACGAGACGACGACGACGAGGACGACAAGCGGACCUGCCACGAGGCCAGGAAAGGCGAGAAAGACGAGUGACACGAAGAGGAACGACGAGAGGGGGACGUCGGCUCACGAGAGCCAGGAGGCCGCAGAACGGCCACAGGGCACGGAGGAAGAAGCCGCGCGCCAGUAGCCGCGGCCCGCCCACGCGGCGCGCGGCACGCCGCGUGCUUCGAUGCCUCGGACCAGGCACGCGGGAGGGAACAGAGGAGGAGGGGGGAAAGGAGGAGGAGGACGAGGAGGAGAGGAGGGGGAAGUGCUCUGGACCAUCGUGCAGCCGCACCCCAGCCCCUUGCCCAGCCUGGCCAUCCUCGACCACGUGCACCGCUUCAUGUUCCGUGGAUGUCUGGGGAGUUCCUACCCGGUGGCAGUGCUGGAGGGGAGACUGUACAUGCAACCUUGGGCAUGGGCGUGCCCCGAGCCGGACGGCGUGGAUACAGAGCCAAACAAUGAAUCAACAAACGAUCACUAUGGCAUUGCGCACAAUGCUUACAUGUUGCACCUCCUGCAGACACGUUUGAUCUGAUGAACGACACCGCCGCGCCUACCGUUUCGGCAUUUGCGGCCUGUGCCACGCAGGACCGUCGAUCACGGUAGGCCGAGCGCCCAGGUCGCGCCAGGGGGACCGUGCACUCUCGGAACUGUCGGCGAAGAUGUUGAACUUCAUCGUCUCCGUGACGAGCGCGUCGGCGCAUUCGACGUUGCUGGCGGCCCCUGAGCAGGCCGCCCCAUGGGCCUGGGCCCUCACCUUGUAGUAUUCCGCAAGGUUGGAGAAAUACUCCGCAGCCUCCAUGGCGGCGCGCUUGUUCGCGGCCUCAUGCUGGGCCUCCACUGGGGCGCCCGCCUCUUUGCUCUUGCGGAACGCUUCCUCCUGGAUGGCCGCCCACUGAUCCUUCAUGCACUUCUGCACGGUGUCGUGCUCGACGAUGCAUUCGAGAACAGCCUUGUUUACGCGGGCCAUGGCCAAUAGCGAGUCGACGGCGGCGUUCUGAGCUUGGACGUACUUUGAGUUGCUGCGUAGCGCGAUACCCUUUCUCGCAAGCGCGUCUCCAAUCGACAUGCUCGGAACCACGUUCAAUCUGCAAAACCUCCGAUCAAUCAGGAUGAUUGUGCGAAACUGGUCGAGAUUGCACAAAUGUGGCUUGAGCCAGAAUGAUGCGGGAUGACAUCGUGC